GGCGGCGGCGGCAGUGGUGGUGGCGGUGACGGCGGCGUCGUCGUCGUCGUCGUCGUCGUCGUUCACGACCGCCGUUUCUUGUUCCCAAUCGAAACCUCGCUGAUCGAACCGAUUUGCUCUCGAGAGCGUCUCCGUCGGGAAUUUGGGAAUCUCGAGACAACGCUACUCCUCGGCUGACAGCGCGUUGAAUCAUGGCACGUACCAAGCAGACGGCCCGUAAAUCGACGGGAGGUAAAGCUCCCCGUAAACAACUGGCGACGAAGGCCGCCAGGAAGAGCGCACCGUCCACCGGUGGUGUAAAGAAGCCGCAUCGUUACAGGCCCGGUACCGUGGCACUUCGAGAAAUUCGAAGAUACCAGAAGUCGACCGAGUUGCUGAUCAGGAAGUUGCCGUUCCAGCGGCUGGUUCGUGAAAUCGCGCAGGAUUUCAAGACCGAUCUGCGCUUCCAGAGCGCCGCUAUAGGCGCCCUCCAGGAAGCGUCUGAGGCGUAUCUCGUCGGUCUCUUCGAGGACACCAAUCUGUGCGCGAUCCACGCGAAGCGCGUCACGAUCAUGCCUAAAGACAUCCAGCUGGCUCGGCGAAUCCGCGGCGAGCGUGCUUAAGAGACGCUAUGUAAUUCUCAUACAUACCGUUCACUGCGAUCAUCAUUAUUAUUAUUAUUAUUAUUAAUUAAUAUUAAUUAUCGUUCGCAAUCGUCAUGGAUGAAGCACCUUCAUUCCAAGCUCUUGCAUAUUGUUUUACUCGCAUAAACACGCGCUGUAGCAUUAUCCCUCCGGUAAUUGCUCCCCAUUUUCUAACUAUGUAUGGAAUUCGAUUGGAUUUCGCGACAUCGUCGAAAUUUUUUUUUUUUCUUCGAAACUUUGCCACUUGACACAGCUUCUUAGUUUACACUUACAGAUACCGGGCGGAUAUUCAUAGAUUUACAUUAGAUUUUAUUUACGCUGACAGUUUUGUUAAGUAAUUUUGAUUAGACAUUGUUCAUUAGCGUUUCUUUCCUUUCACCACUAAUUAUCGUUUUUUUUUUGUCGUCAUUAAUAUUAUGCAUAACAACGUCAUUAUAUCAUUAUUAGUACUCGAAAAAAGUGUGCAUUAGAUUAAGACACCUUCAUAGAUAUCCUGACGUAGUGCUUAACGUAUUAGAUCUCUGUACUCGAGUUACAUAAAUCAUUUUGAUCACCUAAGCAUUGUGUAAAAAUUUGUGUAAAAAUAAACGCAUUUCGUAAAUAAA